CGUGACACUGCUGUGGCUCGUGCCCCCGAGCGUCGAUCUGCUUCAGCAUCCGAGAGGAGCCGGUCGAAGCCAGUAAAACAACAACAAAAAAAAGACGUUAAACCUCUUUAGAAAACAUGUAGUCGUGAAAUAAGUUGUCGGCAUCGGCAGGGCGCGAUGAGGGAAGGAAAACAUGGCGGGUUGGAUGUUGCGCUGCGCCUCUCUGGAUGAUGUGGACUGUUAUUUUGAGAGAAAUGAUGCGGAAUAUCUGCCGGUGUGAGUCUUACUAACGCAGAAAAUACAAGAUGAAGAAGCAGUUCAAUCGGAUGCGACAGCUCGCCAACCAAACGGUGGGAAGAGCAGAAAAAACAGAAGUGUUGAGCGAGGAUCUGCUACAGGUGGAGAAACGUCUGGAUCUGGUCAAGCAGGUCUCGCACAGCACUCACAAGAAACUGGCUGCCUGCUUGCAGGGUCAGCAGGGUGCUGAUGUAGAGAAGAGAUCAAUCAAAUCACCUUCUAAGAAACUGCCACUCACCAUCCUGGCACAGUGUAUGCUGGAAGGUGCUGCAGUGUUAGGAGAUGACUCUCUCCUUGGGAAGAUGCUGAAGCUGUGCGGGGACACAGAAGAGCGGCUCGCUCAGGAGCUUAUCCAGUUUGAAUUCCAAAUCGAGAGAGACGUGGUGGAACCGCUCUACGUGCUCGCUGAGGUGGACAUUCCCAACAUCCAGAAACAACGGAAACACUUAGCUAAACUCGUCUUGGACAUGGAUUCAGCUCGAACCAGAUAUCAGCAGUCGUCCAAGUCCUCUAGUCAUCCGAGCACUCUGCAGCCCGGCACUAAGACUGAGUCCCUCAGAGAAGAAAUGGAGGAGACGGCCAAUCGCAUGGAGAUUUGUCGGGAUCAGUUGUCAGCUGAUAUGUAUAAUUUCAUGGCCAAAGAAAUCGACUAUGCAAACUACUUUCAGAGUCUCAUAGAAACACAGGCAGAAUAUCACAGGAAGUCAUUAGAGAUCCUCCACAGCAUCCUGCCCCAAAUUAAAGCUCAUCAAGAGGCGUGGGUGGAGAAGCCAUCAUUUGGUAAAUCUUUGGAGGAACAUCUGAACAUCAGUGGGCGAGAGAUCGCCUUCCCUAUUGAAGCCUGUGUCACCAUGCUGUUAGAGUGCGGCAUGCAAGAGGAGGGCCUCUUCAGAGUGGCUCCAUCAGCCUCAAAGCUAAAGAAACUCAAAGCCUCAUUGGACUGUGGAGUUCUGGAUGCGCAGGAGUAUGCUGCCGACCCGCACGCCAUUGCAGGGGCCCUGAAAUCGUAUCUUCGUGAGCUCCCCGAGCCACUGAUGACCACUGAACUUUAUGAUGAAUGGAUUCAGGCGUCCAACAUCCAAGAUAUGGACAAGAGACUGCAGGCAUUAAUGGCAACAUGUGAAAAACUCCCUACAGACAACUUGAACAAUUUUAGGUACCUUAUUAAAUUCUUAGAUAAGCUGACAGCGUACCAAGAUGCUAACAAGAUGACUCCAGGUAACAUGGCAAUUGUCCUCGGUCCAAACUUGCUCUGGACGCACACGGAACCGAACAUAACAGAGAUGAUGACCACCGUGUCCCUACAGAUAGUCAGCGUAGUUGAGCCGAUUAUUCAGCACGCUGACUGGUUCUUCCCGGGAGAGAUUGAAUUCAACUUGAUGGGAAGCUACAGCAGCCCGAUCCAUGCCAACCACAACUCCAACUACAGCUCCAUGCCCUCACCAGACAUGGACCAAUCUGAUCGCAAGCAGCAGCACGACCAGAGCCGACGCCCACUGAGUGUUGCCACUGACAACAUGAUGCUGGAGUUUUACAAAAAGGAUGGCAGCAUAAGGAAAAUACAAAGUGUGGGUGUGCGGGUUAUGGAUACCUCCUGGGUGUCUCGCAAGGGUUCCUCAACAUUGGCACGUAAGACCUCCUCCACACCUCCGGGGAUGCAAGGCCCUGGUUCUCCAGCAGACACGCUCAUCCCCGAGCAGCCCGGAGAGCUCACCACAUCACCGUCCACCACACCGGCACUCGGAGAAAGGAUUGGCUCCGACGUUUCGCCCAAUCGGCCGGAUACCUCUCAUGCCCACCCACCCCCAGGGGAGGACCGGCCACCCCCUCCUUACCCGUCCGCCACCUCUUGCCACACUGCCCCACACCACUUCUAUCCCAAGCCCCCGCCUUGCACUCGCCCUGUGGCACCUGGUCCAGAAUCCCAACCACCUGGCUCACCCCCACUUCCAAUGCGCUGGUCUGGCUUCAUUCCCCCUGCCCCGCCUCCUUCCUCCUCCUCAUCCUCCUCCAAAUCAUCACUCGACAUAAAUUCUAACCCAAAACCCAGCUGUCUGCACUUUCCCAAGCACAGUCCACCUGGUGAAAUGUCACAUGCCCACUCAUCUGACACUAAUUCCUCACCACUCUACAUCAAAACCCCCUUGGUACUAAAUCGUCAUGACCAGUCCCUUGGCAACCCCCCUAGCCUUCCUUCGUCCGCGCCCCCGCCCCCACCCUGGGCUGCCUGUCCAUGUGCUCGAGAGAGAGGACCCUCCAGGCUGACUAGCACACUAAAGAGCAAAGAGCUAUCCCCUGUAAUUGCUCAUAAAGCCAUCCAGGUGGCCAGUCCAACAGUCCCUCCCAGCACAAGUCCACAGAGCAGCAACCAGUCCCUACACUCCACAGAGCACAGUCCACACACCUUACGCAAAGGUUCUAAGAAGAUGGCCCCUGUACCUCCUAAGGUCCCUUAUGUCCAAUCGGGCGGGAUGUCUGAUCAGUCCACAGGUCAGCCAUCGCCGGUCAGCCUAUCCCCUACCCCUCCUAGUACCCCUUCCCCUUAUGGACUGGCCUGCCCUCCGGGACAAGUGCCCCCAUCCUCUCCUGGGCAGACCCCACUGGGGACACCCCACUCUCUCUCUUCCCCACCCUGUCUCAUCGGAACACUGAACAAGUCCCGCCCCGCCCCUAAACCCAGACAGAGACCCAGCCUGCCCCCACCUCAACCGCCCACAGCCCCCCUGGGGCUCGCUGGUCCACCCAUGGCCCCGGUCCCACAGCCCCUGGAGCAGGGCCUUCUGGAUGGACUGUCUCCUGGAGAGAGCAUGUCUACAGAUAUCUUCAAUUAUGAAAUCCCCUCCAUCAAUGUCAAUCUGGACAGCCUCAUCGAUGAGUUCAGCGCCGCCCCCUGCAGGAGCUCCCGGACUCUGACAGACUCUCCAGAAGGGGAUGCUGUACUCGAAGAGGAACCCCAGAGCACCAUCCUAUAACCUCUGACCCUGACGUACCAGCCCCUCUGUGGGUGUUGCCAACAUGGCCUGAUGGAAACUUGAAGUGGCCUCGAUGCCCACUUGAAACCAG